AUGAGACUAAAUCAUGCUCAGUAUUUGGAGGCAGUGGAAGCUAGGCAGAAGUAUCCAAAGGAGUAUACAACUUGGAGAGAAAAUCCUGCUAACUUUGAAGUGAAUGGUGUCUAUCCUGUAAGAAAACAAUGGGGAACAGCUAGGGAGGCUUGGAGGGAAAUUCAAUCCACACCUAUUUUUUUGACAGGUUUCUCUCAGGGAAAGAACUUAUUGGUUGUCACUCACAAAUCAAUUUUGAGGGUGCUUAUCUGUACAGCUUUAGGGCUAGGCCCAGAGAGCUUCCUCUCCCGCUCUUUUACAGUCACACUCUGUCCUUCAUGGCAAACAUUCAGUUUGAUGGAGCAGAAAGGACACCAUUCCCCAUCCUACCAAGCUCUGAUCAAAGCAGGUCCACGCCUGAAACCCCUGCAACAAGUCCAGGCUCGACUCGUCGUCUCCGGUUUUGGUCGCAGUCGAUCCCUCCUCACUAAGCUCCUCUCUCUGGCUUGCGCCGCAGGUUCCAUUGCCUACGUGCGUCGUCUCUUCUUUUUCAUUCCCAAUCCAGAUGCCUUUCUCUUCGACACCCUCAUAAAGCAAACCUCCAAAUUCAGUUUCUCUAUUGAUUCUCUCCUAUUUUAUCGCCGUAUGAUUUUAUCAAAAUUUUCUCCCUCCAACUAUACUUUUACAGCUGUGAUUAAAUCUUGCGCUGAUUUAUCAGCUUUGAAACUCGGUAGAGUCAUUCAUACUCAUGUUUUUGUACGUGGUUAUGGUUUAGAUUUACAUGUUCAGGCCGCGCUGGUUAGCUUCUACGCGAAAUCUUGUAAUUUGAGUGUUGCAAGGAAAUUGUUUGAUAAAAUGCCUGAAAAAACUGUUGUCUCGUGGAAUUCCAUGAUUUCAGGGUACGAGCAAAAUGGGUUUGCUAAGGAAGCAACUGGGUUGUUCUAUUUGAUGAGAGAUUUGAGCGUAAAACCGGAUUCAACAACGUGUGUUAUUGUGUUAUCAGCUUGUGCUCAGUUAGGGGCUAUUGGACUGGGCCGUUGGGUGCACGAGUAUAUUGUUGCUCAGGCGCUUGAUGUGAAUGUGGUGCUUGGUACUUCGUUGAUUAAUAUGUAUGCUAGGUGUGGCCAAGUUGGUAAAGCGCGAGAGGUUUUUGAUUCGAUGACAGAAAUAAAUGUUGUUGCUUGGACUGCAAUUAUUUCUGGGUAUGGAAUGCAUGGUUAUGGUACUCAAGCAGUUGAGCUCUUUCAUCAAAUGAGAGUUCAUGGUAGAAGGCCUAACAGUGUCACAUUUGUUGCUGUAUUAUCAGCCUGUGCUCAUGCUGGACUGGUUCAUGAAGGGCGUCAGAUAUUCAAAAGUAUGAGGCAAGAGUAUGGAUUGAUGCCAGUAGUGGAACAUCAUGUUUGUAUGGUUGAUAUGUUUGGGCGUGCCGGAUUGCUCAAUGAAGCAUAUGUAUUCAUCAAAGAAGUGAUUCGUGAGAGGCCAGCUCCGGCAGUUUGGACUGCCAUGCUUGGAGCUUGCAAGAUGCAUAAGAAUUUUGAUAUGGGAGUGGAAGUUGCAGAGCAUCUCUUAUCGGUGGAACCAGAAAAUCCAGGCCACUAUGUAAUGUUAUCAAAUAUAUAUGCAUUGGCUGGUAGGAUGGAUCAUGUAGAAAUGGUUAGAAACAUAAUGAUUCGGAAAAGCUUAAAAAAGCAGGUUGGAUAUAGCACAAUAGAGGUUGAUCAAAGGACCUACUUAUUUAGCAUGGGAGACAAAUCCCACCCAGACACACAUGAAAUUUUUCAGUACUUAGAUGAGUUGAUGAGUAGAUGUAGGGAAGCUGGUUAUGUUCCAGAAUCUGAAUGGGUGAUGCAUGAAGUGGAGGAAGAGGAGAGGGAGUAUGCACUUAGAUAUCACAGUGAGAAGCUAGCAAUUGCAUUUGGAUUACUGAGAAGCAGCCAUGGUAUGACUAUUAGGAUUGUGAAAAACCUUAGAAUGUGCGAGGACUGUCAUUCAGCCAUUAAGUUCAUUUCAGUUAUUACUAACAGAGAAAUUAUUGUUCGGGAUAAGCUUCGUUUCCACCAUUUUAAAGGUGGCUCAUGUUCAUGUUUGGAUUACUGGUGAUAAAUACCGUUAGU